UUGUUUUUGCAGUGAAGAAAUGUAUGCGCCUUUUGUGGAAGAAGGUUAUUAAAUAAAUAAUGACGGUUCCGGGUAGUGGUUCUGGUUGAGGGUCGUGUCAUGAUUCCGUCCUGCAUCAGACUCGGAGGGGCAUAAGUGCGCCGAGGAUGGGCUCUAUUCCCCGUGUCCCGACGCUAUGUUUAAUGUUCCCCUGGUCCAGAAGGACCCAGCGAGGCGACCCUCCUCGGCUCUAGUCUAGGCUCCGGUCCGCACUACGCUGAGGGUCUGGGAGGAUGAUGUACUCCUCAUAAAGGGUCGUCUUCAGGGUAGUCUCCCGACGUGUACCCAUUCUCACGGAAAUCGUAGCUUGACAUUCGUAUAGCAGCUGUCCGCUGGAUCUCACUGGCUAGUCCCAGAGCUAGCUGCUCUGAGGCUAAGCUAGUCGAGCUAGCGGCUCUGACAUGGUGCACCGAGGCUAAGCUACUAGAGCUAGCUGCUCUGAGGCUAAGCUACUAGUGCUAAGUGCUGUGACAUGGUGCGCAGGGCUGUGAUGGCGACGUGACACAGUCCGACCGUGAGCAAAGCGGGAAGGAACCACACGCAUUGUGUUGCUUCCUGCUCCCGGUUCUACGGACGCUGGAUCGUGACGGUCCGGCAGUAGACCGACACGACCGACCCGUAACCCUGAUUUAGACCGCCGUGCGGGCCGUCUAGAGGAACCGUCGCCGUACUUUUGUGUCUCCGCCACAUAUGAGAAUUAAAGCUUCGAGCUGGACGACCUCAAAUAGCCUUAAGAUGAAGGCGGUGGAUGAGCCAGCCUACCUGACUGUAGGGACCGACGUCAGCGCCAAGUACAGAGGGGCCUUCUGUGAAGCUAAGAUCAAGACUGUGAAGCGCCUGGUCAAAGUGAAGGUGGUCCUGAAGGGGGAGAGUACAUCCCAGGUGGUCCAGGAUGACCAGGUUAAAGGAGCGCUGAGGAUUGGUUCCACGGUGGAGGUGAGGACCAAUGAGGGACCCUCCACGCAGGCGGUCAUCAGCAAGCUGACGGACGCCAGCCUGUACACCGUGGUGUUUGAUGAUGGUGAUGAGAAGACUCUCCGUCGUACGUCCCUGUGUCUGAAGGGAGAGAGACACUUUGCAGAGAGUGAGACUCUGGACCAGCUUCCGUUGACCAACCCAGAACAUUUUGGAACUCCAGUGAUCGGCAAGAAGUCGAACCGCGGUGGCCGACGCUCCUCCCAGCCUGUGGCUGACGAGGAGCAUCACUCUUCGUCCAGCGAGGAGGACGAGGAGGACCGGCGGAGGCUGAAGGACGACAUCCUGGGGAAGGUCUGCUGUGUCCAGGACACCAGCGACCGCUCAGGCUGGUACCUAGCGCUGGUGGUGUCUCCCAGCUGCUCAGACGAGAUGAUGGUGAAGAAAGACCAAUGUCUCAUCAGAUCCUUCUCGGACUCCAAGUUUUCCACAGUUUCCAGGAAAGACGUCCAUGUUGUCGCGGCCGACGCCAUCACGAGGCCGGAGUUCUCCUGCAGGAAAGGCCACAAGGCAGCCGUGUCCUUCCUGAGGAGCCAGGAGGUCCCCGAGCUGUGGAAGAUGGACAUGAGCCAGAUCCUCGACUCCUCCUCCAGCGACGAGGACGAGGAGGUCGGCGGGCGGGAGAAGGACAGCGAGGAGGAGGAAGAGGGGAAGAAGAAGAGGAACAUCAAAGAGGAGCCUGAAGAAGAGGCAGACCCAGAAGAGAGAGACCACUUCCUGCAACAGCUCUACAAGUUCAUGGAGGACCGAGGCACUCCCAUCAACAAGCCCCCCGUCCUGGGCUACAAGGACCUGAACCUGUUCAAGCUCUUCCGGCUGGUGUUCCAGCUGGGGGGAUGCCACAAAAUCGAGAGCGGCACCGUGUGGAAGCAGGUGUACGUGGACCUCGGGAUCCCCGUCCUGAACUCUGCUGCCUCCUACAACGUGAAGACGGCCUACAGGAAGUACCUCUACGGCUUCGAGGAGUACUGCCGCUCAGCCUCCAUCACCUUCAGGACCAUCCAUCACAACAACCCCCGCCCCCCCUCCGCGCUGGCCAGCCCCGCGCCGGAGGAGGCGGAGCCCAAGGACCCCGGGCCAAUCAGGGUCCAGGCCGCCGUGGAGAAGGAGGAGCCAGAGUCGGACGGCGAAAGAGGAGGAGGAGGAGGAGGAGGAGGAGGAGGAGGUCUAAGGCGGAGCCUCCCGUCACCCAGGGGGAGGCGGCGGUGGCCAGGGAAGUCUGACCGCCGGGACAGCAUAUCCCAGAUGGAGAGGGACAGACUGAAGGAGGAGCGAGGGGACGGCCUGUCCCGGAUGGAGAGGGACAGACAGGAGCGAGGGGACGGCCUGUCCCGGAUGGAGAGGGACCGACUGAAGGAGGAGCGAGGGGACGGCCUGUCCCGGAUGGAGCGGGACCGACUGAAGGAGGAGCGAAGUGGAGAGACGAGCGGGGAGGAGCAGAGGGAAGGAGAGCGAGUACCGCCCAGGAGACGCAGCCAUCGUCGCCACGACGACUCGGACAAGGAGUCCGGGGAGGACGAGGAGGAGGAGGAGGAGGAGGAGGAUGAGGACGAAGACGUAGAGCGACGGAGAGAAAGGGGUGAGGGGGAGGAGGGGGAUGAGGAUGAAGACUCGUUGAUGGGUACGAAGGUCAGGGUGAAGUACGGCAGAGGGAAGAGCCAGAAGAUCUACGAGGCCAACAUCAAGAAGAUGGACAGCGAUGACGGAGACCAGAUCUACCUGGUGCACUACUAUGGCUGGAACGUCAGGUAUGAUGAGUGGGUGAAGGCCGAUCGCAUCAUCUGGCCCGUGGACAAAGGAGCCACCAAGAGGAGAACUCGGAAGAAACUCAAGAACAAGGAGGACGGCGACCGGGGGGGGGAGGAGGAGAAGGGGCUGAUGAAGCCGGGGAGCGGGAGGCGCGGCCGGCCCCAGACGCGGACCCCUCCCUCCACCAGCUCCGUCCGAAGCUUCUCCAAGACGCCCAGCAGCGACGGCCAGGGCCGCCGGAACGAGAGCUCUCCCACCACGGCCAACGGAGACGAAACCCCACGAAGGCGCAACAGAAUGUCUGGCGUGUACGACUCGGACCGGCCCUCCUACGAGGAUUCUGGGAACUCGUCGGAAGACAGCGGGUCAGAGGAUGCUCCGCCCCAUCUCCGGGAGGAGGUGGACCUUAACGAGGAGGAGGAGGAGGGGCCUAAGGCUGAGGCCGAGCUUAAAGAGGAGGAGCCUGAGGAGGAGCUGGACCUUAAGGAAGACACUGCUCUCUCGGGGGAGGGGCUCAAGGAGGAGGCGGAGCUAAGCGGGUCGGACGUUCUGCCCCCCGCUGGCAACACGGCCGUUGCUACGGCAACGGUGGAACCGGCUACCGCUGCUGCAACCCCAUGUCCCAGUGUCCCUCAGGAGCAAGAGGACAGGGGCCAAUCAGAAAGGAAGGAGCCUCAGAGGGGGGAGGAGCCCGAAUCUGGGGGUGCAAUGUCUCCUAGCCACAACAAGAUGUCUCCUAGCCACAACAAGAUGUCUCCUAGCCACAACAAGAUGUCUCCUAGCCACAACAAGAUGUCUCCUAGCCGAAAGAUGUCACCUAGCAACCUCAAGAUGUCUCCAAGCCACAACAAGAUGUCUCCUAGCCACAAGAUUUCUCCUAGCCACCUCAAGAUGUCUCCUUGUCUCCCGGAUAAGCAGCUGGACUUGUCUCUUGAAGCCUCUCCCAAGCCCAAAGGUCGCAGGUCAAGUGCAAAAGAGAUUGGUGCUGAAACUCCACCAAGAGCCCCGCCCACAAGCUCAAUGACCCCGCCCUCAAGCUCACUGACCCCUCCCACAAGCUCAAUGACCCCUCCCACAAGCUCAAUGACCCCUCCUACAAGCUCAAUGACCCCGCCUACAAGCUCAAUGACCCCGCCUACAAGCUCAAUGACCCCGCCUACAAGCUCAAUGACCUCGCCCACCAGCUUAAAAACUCCGCCCAUCAGUUCAAUGACCCCGCCCACCAGCUCAAUGACCCCGCCCACCAUCUCAAUGACCUCGCCCACCAGGCCAAUCACCCCGCCUACCUGCACUAUGACCACGCCCAAUAGUUCAACGACCCCUCCCUCCCACACAAUGACUCCUCCCCCUUGCCCAAUGACCACGCCCAGCCACACAAGGUCUCCGCCCUCCAGUAGAAUGACUCCACCCAUGAGCUCCAUGACUCCUCCCACUACAGCAGUGAGCCCUCCCACCAGUGCGGUCACCUCGCCCAAAAACACAAGGAUUCUGCCCCCUGCCGCCGUGGCAACACCCACCAAGGUCAUGGCCCCGCCCUCGAACCAUACGACUCCUCCCACUCACGCGGUGGCUCCUCCCACCCACGCUGUGACCACUCCCACCGGUGCCGUGACUCACGCCAGCCAGCUGGCGCUGUCUCCUCUGCGGGGCGGCCUGUUGAAGAGGCAGGACGAGCCCAUGGUGGUCCUGCACUGCCUGCCGGCGCAGCACCUCCCCCCGGAGCCCCCCCCCUCCCUGGACUCGGACACGGACUCGGCCCCCGAGGACGACUCCCUGGGGCCCGACGACGACGGGCUGGCCCUGUGGGGGGGCAACAUGGUCAACAUGGCCAAGCGCAAAGCCCUGGAGCAGCCCGGCGCCGACAAGAAGGUCCGCCUGGAGCAGCCCCCCCAGGACGGCCCGCGCCACGUGACCCCCCGACUGCCCCACCUCCAGGCCCAGACCCCCCCCAGGGCGGCUCCGGUGCUCGCUCAGACGCCCCCGAGACCGGCUCAGACGCCCCCUAGGCCCGCCCACAUCCUGCCGCAGACGCCCUCUAGACCCGCCCACGUCCUGCCCAAGACGCCCCCCAGACCCGCCCACAUCCUGGCUCAGGUGGCGGUUGUCCCGCCCUCGGAAGCCCGGGCCAGGGGGGCGGAGUGGAGGGAGGAGCAAGCCCCGCCCCCGCCGGCCGCUAGAGGGGCCGUCCUCCACCCGGCCCCGCGACCGGGCCCCACGGAGCAGCUCCUCCACCCCCAGGCCCAGCAGAGUCUCUCCAUACAGCACCGGCAGGGCCCCCCCGCGCAGCAGGGCCCCCCCACCGCGCAGCUCCAUCAGCAGGCCCAGCCGCAGCAGAGCGCGGCGCCGGAGGAGAUGGGCCCCCAGAUGGACCCGGAGGCCCUGGUGUGCCACGAGGUGGACCUGGACGACCUGGAUGAGAAGGAGAAGGCGCCGCCCUCAGGGAAGCUGCUCUACCAGAGCCCCGUCCCGGCUCCGCCCCCUCCCCCGGCCCCGCCCACAGCGGACCAGCCCCGCCUCCAGGAGGAGGGCCUGGAAGACCAGCCCAACCUGUCGCCCUACGAGGGCAAGGACCGGGGUCAGAAGCGGCUACUGGACGGGAACCAGAACCCGUCGGCCAAGAAGGCCAAACGCAGCCAGAAGAGCACCGACGCCGGGGGCAAGACGGACCGCAACGGCACUGCCCAGAGCAGUGACAGCGAGGACCCCUCGGCCCCGGACCCGCCCCUGCUGCCGGACCAGACCAAGCUGUGUACCCCCGUGAAGCAGGCUCUCUCCAGGGCGGGGAAGCCCAGCCGCUCCCCCCAGAUGUCCUCCCCGCACCGGACCUACAAGUGGUCCUUCCAGCUCGACGAGCUGGACAGGAUGUCCAGCAGUGAGCGCGUCUCCUUCCUGCAGGACAAGCUGCAGGAGAUCAGGAAGUACUACCUGAGCCUCAAGUCGGAGGUGGCCUCCAUCGACCGGCGCCGCAAGAGGCUCAAGAAGAAGGAGCGGGAAGUGUCCAACACCACAGUGUCGACCUCAUCGGGGUCAGAGGGCAUGACCCCUCCCCAGAGCUCUGUGGCAGUGGAGUGCAGGUGAUGACACGCCCCCUCCCUCCCCCCCCUCUCGCUGGGGGCUCCGGAACACCUGAUUGGUUUACUGAAUAGCACCUGUACCCGCCCACCCAGGACGCAAGGCCAACCCUCCAAUGGCAGGGAGUAGGUGUCACCCGGUUUCCAUGGUAACCCCCCCCCCCCCCCCCUUCCGAGACAUAUGACGUAUUUAUUCCCUCUUUUCUACAUCUGCUUCCGGCUCCAUGGACAUAAAUUUGAAAGAUGCAUUUUACACAACUGUAAAUGAUUUCUAUAAUUUUUGUAUGAAAGCCACCUUUGUAGCGGUAUAUUCAGAAUGAUUGUUUUCUAUGUUUUUGUUAGAGCUCCAGAGAGCCGUGUAAAUACUGAACCGUGACCUUGUUGUAUCUUUAUGUAAAAUAAAAACAGAGCUCUCCGUUUCUAAUAAAGCUUUUAAAUAUUACCACCCUCUCGCCUCCUCACAUGACCAGCAGGGACCUCAAUGUGUACUAUAUGUAUUCUAUGUU